AUGGAAUCAGGCUUCGGUCCUGAAACUGGUAUGGAUUCUCUUCUUCAAACCGCAGUCUAUCUGUCCAAAUGGUAUACUACAGAGGUGUUGGAGGGCGACAUGAGCAACUUCUGGGUAAUCAAUACAAAACAGAAGAACUCUUGGUUAGCAAAUAAAUUACUACGGCUCAGAGCUACUGCCUAUGACUGGAUCAAGCAUCAAGUAGGAAAUGGAGAAAGGACUUACUUCUGGACUUCAAAUUGGUCACCAUUUGGUAAGAUAAGGGACUACUUGCAAGGGGAAACAACCUCCUCUGUAGGUAUCCAAUCGACUGUGACGCUAGCUGAAUUAUGGGAAGAAGAUCAUUGGGUUCUUCCUCCUGCCAGAUCAGAGAGCCAAGUGCGCAUAUACACUUACCUAUCCACUCUCCAGAUCGUGCCAUUUGAAGACACUAUGCAAUGGAUGCCAGAAGGAACUCCUCAACAACGCUACUCUACAAGAAUGAUAUAUGAUGUUUUAAGACAGGAGGCGCCGACGGUUCCCUGGCAUAAACAAGUCUGGUUUGGAGGUGGGAUUCCAAAGCAUAGCUUCAGAACAUGGCUUAUGGUGUUGAAUCGCUGCCCUACUCGCGACCGCAUCCUACAGUGGGGUCUGUCAACAGAUGGAAAUUGUCUCCUCUGUAACGCCGCACCGGAAUCCAGGGACCACAUUUACUACGCUUGUGCUUUCUCCUCGGAAGUCUGGAUAAACAUCUCUGGCCGGUAA